AUGGAUAACCCUGUUGCCGCGAAUGUCCUCGGAACCGCCGGAGCUGUUUGCUGGUCUAUCCAACUUAUUCCCCAGAUAUGGAUAAACUACCGCCGCCACCAUACCACAGGCCUCCAACCUUCCAUGAUGCUUCUAUGGGCAUUUGCAGGGGUUCCACUUGGCAUCUACAACGUCGUAAGCGGUUUUAACAUUGCACUACAAAUCCAGCCUCAGAUUCUCACGUUCCUGAGUUUGGUUACAUGGGCGCAAUGUCAUUACUACUCCUCAAAGUGGGAUUUGAAAAAAUGCCUAGGUGUAACUUCGGCUAUUGGAAUAACCCUUGGCGGCCUUGAAACAGGGUUGAUAUUCGCGCUUCGUAUCCCUAAACGUAAUGGACUUCAAUGGCCCUUAACACUCAUGGCGGUUCUCUCGGCUGUUUUUCUUUCCUUGGGGGUUCUAAGACAUUACUGGGAUAUCUAUACCCAUAAAACUGUUAGGGGAAUCAGUUUCUUGUUUGUGUUUAUUGAUGCGCUUGGAGACUUGACGAGUCUGGUGUCAAUAUUCUUCGAAAGACACCUGGACGUACUGGGCAUGGUUAUAUAUGGAAGCGAAUUGAUAUUAUGGAUUGGGGUUAUGGCUUGUGGCGGGUGGUUCAACCUGAAACCGUGGGUCGAAAGGUGGCUCAGAAAGAAGAGGGAGGAAGAUUCGCAGAUGGCUAUGGGAAGUGAUGAAGUUCAAAGACAUAAUGCUAUUACAGAACAUAAUAUGCCGUCAUCAACAUCAGUUUUCCGGACCCCGAGCUCAGAAGACAACGUUGUUGUCCGGAGAGGAGCCAGGACUAGCGAAAUCGAGAUUUCAGUCGAUGAAAAACUCGACUUCUUUCUCGCCUAA